AUGGCACCCGUUCUGAAAAAGUACAAGGCCGCAGCUGUUAACGCUGAACCAGGCUGGUUUGAUCUGGAGGAGUCAACGCGACGGACCAUCCAUUGGAUUGACGAAGCUGGCAAGGCUGGAUGCAAGUUUAUUGCUUUCCCGGAACUGUGGAUCCCCGGCUAUCCUUACUGGGCUUGGAAGACGAACUACCAGGAAAGCCUGCCGCUUCUGAAGAAAUAUCGCGAGAACAGUCUCCCCUCAGACUCUGAUGAGAUGCGCCGUAUUCGCGAAGCUGCUCGUGCGAACAAAAUCUUCGUAUCUCUCGGAUACUCCGAGGUGGACUUGGCCAGUCUCUAUACCACUCAGGUCAUGAUCAACCCCGCUGGAGAGAUCAUCAAUCACCGCCGCAAGAUUCGCGCCACCCACGUCGAGCGUCUUGUCUUCGGGGAUGGCACCGGUGACACCACUGAGUCAGUCAUGGACACCGAAAUCGGUCGCAUCGGCCACUUGAACUGCUGGGAGAACAUGAACCCGUUCCUCAAAGCAUACGCUGCCUCUCUGGGUGAGCAGGUCCACGUUGCUGCCUGGCCUUUGUACCCUGGAAAGGAAACACUGAAGUACCCCGAUCCUUACACUAACAUCGCAGAGGCGAACGCGGACCUUGUUACCCCUGCCUAUGCCAUCGAGACAGGAUCUUUUACUCUUGCUCCCUGGCAGACCAUCACGACCGAGGGCAUUAAGCUGAACACCCCACCGGGAAAGGAAUUGGAGGACCCGAACAUCUACAAUGGUAACGGCCGCAUCUUUGGACCGGAUGGCCAGAAUCUUGUUCCUCACCCCGCCAAGGACUUCCAGGGUCUGCUCUUUGUCGACAUUGAUCUUGAUGAGAUUCACCUGACCAAAUCUCUGGCGGACUUUGGUGGCCACUACAUGCGCCCCGACCUCAUCCGUCUUCUUGUCGACACCAAUCGUAAGGACCUGGUUGUUCGAGAGGACCGAGUUAAUGGAGGUGUCGUUUACACUCGAACGGCUGAUCGCGUUGGCCUUUCCACCCCACUGGAGCCUGCUACUGCUGAGUUCAAUGAUAAAUUGAACUGA